AACUUUUUUUUCACUAAAUUCCAAUUAGAAGCUUAAAAAAGAAAGUUUAAAGAUGCAAUCAUCAUUUGUUUUUGCAGUGACAAUAUUAAUAUAUCGUUGCUAUGGAAAAAGCAACACUUUAUUUUUAGAACCGGAAGCUGGUGGAUAUAUUUUCGAAGGUGAUAUGAUUUUGUCGAAAGAAAGUAUUAAUUCUGCUAUAAAUAGUGGGAGCAUAGACCUUAGAUAUAAUAAAACAGGAUACGCAGUCUCAAGCAGCUUCUCGCAUAAAUGGCCCAAUAAAGUUAUUCCAUACAUCAUUCAUCCUAGUGCAAAAAAUACUGUGUUAAACUCCGUAAAUAUAAACGGUCCAACUGAAAAGGCAAUCAAAAACGCAAUGUCAGCAUGGGAAGAAAAGACUUGUUUAAGGUUUAUUCCCCGAACAGUUGAAAAUGAUUACAUUGAGUUUUUUGACGGAGGGUUCGGAAAAUGUUAUUCGCAUGUUGGACGAAUUGGAGGCAAGCAACUUAUAUCUUUGGGAUUCGGAUGUUUUACUGCAGGAGUGGCUAUGCAUGAAAUAGGACAUGCAAUAGGACUUUACCAUGAACAGUCAAGGCCUGAUAGAGAUGAUUAUGUUGAGAUUUUGUGGGAUAACAUUCAAGAAGACAACAAACACAACUUCUUAAAAUAUUACCGUGGCGAAAUUGAUAGCUUCGGGAGUCCUUACGACUUUGAUAGUUUAAUGCACUAUGAAAGAAGCUCCUUUCCUAAAUUUCCCUUUUUAACAACAAUUCGAGCUAAAGUGAACAAUGUUUCAUAUGGACAACGAAGUUAUAUUAGUAAAGAGGAUGCAAUUCAAGUGAACAAGCUUUAUAAAUGUAAUAAGUAAAAUGAAUUUUUUUAUAUAUUUUAAAAACAUCUUAA